AUGAAUAAUAAUGGAAGAGUGCAAGUGUACGAGAAGUUGUGUUAAUGUCUCACCACUCUUGAGUUGAAUAGAUAUAAUCAUCAUGCGAGAACUCCUGAGAAGGACAUCACUUUGAUCAAGGAGUAAAUCAAUCAACAACAUUUUAAAACACUUUGUUACUCGACAGAAUUACGAAAGACACUCAAGAAGAUAAUACUAUAGGGUGAAUUGCAUGAAAUGAAUUACAACUGGGUAUUAUUGGAGUUGUCAGGGGCAAGAACAAAAAGAGUUCAAAAUCCUGAUGUGUACGAUGAAGUCACCAAACUCAGAACGGACUAUCCCCAGUCCUAUUUUCAAACAAUUUAAUUGGAUGUCGUAAGAACUGUUUCACCCUCCCUGAGAAUCAAGAACAAUGACAGAACUUACGAGAGAAAUCACGAAUACGAAGCCAAAAUAGAAAGGAUUCUGGUUGCAUAUUCUAUCAGAAAUCCUUUUGUCUCCUAUUGUCAAGGUUUAAAUUUUAUUACGCACUUUUUGGUUAAUAAGUUAAAAUUUUCCGAAGAGGAUACCUUUUGGGCAUUGAGUUCAUUAAUCGAGGAAAUAAUGCCAUUAGAUUAUUACACAAAUAUGAUAAGUGUUAUGGUCGACACCAAAAUUCUCGAGUAUUUCAGUAAGAUCUAUGUACCUCAAUUACUACAGCAUUUCAAGGAGAUUUACUUGGAAGCUAACUUUUAUGCCAUACAAUGGUUUGUGUGCCUAUUUACUCCAAAUUUGCAUAUAGACAUAGUUAAAGAGAUAUGGAUGAGAGUCAUGGUUCAAGGGAAUAGAGCAUUAAUAGCUUCAGCAAUAGCAAUAUUGUUCAUUUUUGAAAAGGAUUUGUUGAAAUUUUCAGAUUUUGGAGAUCUAUUGGAAUUCUUUAAGAAGAGUCUCAAAGAAUAUAACAACAUACAUGAAUUCCGAUUUAUCGUCAAUCAAAUCUAAAUAAAGAAAAAGCCUUUAUUUGAAGCAAGAGAUAUGUUCAGAAAGAUCCUCGAGAAGGAACAUGAGUAGAGUCUUGGAAAUGAGUCUCCUAGUUUAGAUAAAGUGACAUGUAAUCCCUAAUGGACUGUCUGCAACAAGGUCAUACACCUGAAUAGGACUCUGAAAAGAUCAUUCUCCUUUUUUGUUUAUUGCUAGAAGGAGCCUUGCAGAGUGAUCAACGAUUAUUGGGAUCGAUACGAUGACUCCAGUAGUAGAUGCAGCAGUACAGCAUCUAGUCCAAAAAAGAAGAAAUAAAAAGAGCAAGGUCCUCAGGUACUACUUGGAAGGCAGUUCCAUAUUUGUUAGAAUAACGACCUAGAUGAGAAUGAUAAAUAUUUAUUUCGAUCUCAAUUGCUGGUGCAUUAAGAUAUAAACUCAGAAGUAUAAAGUAAUGAGGAUGAAGAUGAUGAUACUGUAGAGAAUAAUGAGAGCAUAAAUUCGAUCGAAUAAGACAAUAAUCGAGGAAGAUCUGUAACAAUGAACAGAUACAUGCCUCGAUUAAGUGAAUAAGGCUAUGAUGGAUUCUAUAAGUAGGCUGUUUAUCUGAUGAAGUAAUAACAGCCUGCAGAACCUAGGAAAAAUCAGUGGGGAAUUAAAGCUUAUAUUCCUGAAACUAAAAAUGAAUAGGUUUAACAAAAAUUUAGAGUGGCUAGAUAAAGUAUUAGUAGCAUUGCUUUUGCUACUUAAUUUGUUCAAAAGUGAAUGAACAACAUAUAUAUUUAACAAAUAAUUAUAAAUUAUAA